UUUCUCAAAUAGUACGACUCAACGACGGGUCAGAAAUAACUUUUCAUUCAUCAGCAACACUGACUCGGAUGGACUUUCCUCUCGAGGUGCAAAUUUGAAAUCAGUCAUUCUGGACCGACGCGAUAAUUAUACAAUUGAAAAAUAAUUCAAACAGGACUGGCUUCGUGACUGGAAGAAAAUAUACAUCGCAUUAUAAAACUAUCGACACGUCUGUUCGUCGAAUUUGAUGACAUCAAGAAGGAUAAUCGACCCUUUAAUGAAGUGAGAAUCGAGCAUCGACUGACUAGUCGAAUACUAACCUUAUCUACGUGACAAGUGAAAUGUUGUGCGAUAUGAACGAAAGUUAUAAAUAGAGGGUUGUUUUCAUCGUAUAAUCUGUUAUGUUAAUUUCGUCUACACUCCUUAUAAUGUACUGUUACUCAUAACGAUGCUCUGUAUAAAGUACGGAAAACGUUUUAGUACUCCGCCGCUGUUUAAUACGCUCAUGAGAGCUCUUUAUUUCCGCCGCAGCGACAGGAGCACAAAUUCUUACAUCAACGCCAAUGGGGAUUCGUUGGAUGGUGUCCGAAGUAACAUGUUGGAUGCCAAUUCCAAUUGGGAGUUGCUAACGCCGAACGGCUUUCGAUUUUAUCUUCCUGGAAGCGUUGGAUUAGCGUGGUUAGAUGUUACAACUACUGCCCAAAUGAAGACUCAAUUCCUUGAAACGUAUGAUGAUGAAAAAUUUGAAAAUUUAUUGAAUGAUAGGAAUAAGUAUCAAGCAAAUAUGAUCAAAUGGAAAAACGUACAUUCGACAUUGAAGUGUACAGCGCAAGAGUGUCCCGUCCUCUUGCGAAAAGGUAUCGAGGAACUAUUUCCAGGAACACUCUUGGAUAUGGCUGCUUCAGAUCUCACCAUUAUAACUAUUAGUCAAAAGGCAAAUCCCAAGUUACUGAGAUGGCGUACAGAUGUCGAAACGGAAAAACUCGCUAAAUAUUUUGUUCUAGCAGCUGUGGACAUGUGCCUAAAGCUCAAAAUGAAUGGUUACUGGGCGGACUUUAUCAAUCCCUUCAGUGGGCAGCCUUACUUCACGCCAAGGAAAGACAGUAAUCUCUACAAAACCGAUGAGCGAUUCCGUUGUUUAGGAUUUAAAGUAGAAGAAAAGAAAAACUGCCGAAUUAUCACGGCGGAUGAUAGCCCGAGAAAUUUUGUUGGAAGUCUUUACACGACAGCUCCGUCUAACACAAAGUUCUUGAAAGAAUUAAUAAACAACAAUUAGUGUGAGUGCAUGUACAAAGAAGAGUGUUUAGUUUACUUACACGAUCGGUUCAGUAUCAUCAAAGUUCUAAAUAUUUUUAUGUGUUUGCGCAUAAUCAAUUAGACGAUAUCACCAUGUGUAGUAAAAUGCGGGUUUUAACUCUGUAUUACGGCGGAUAAUGUGCAUCGAUACUCUUUCAAUCGACGGUCGACCCGUAAUCUCUUCUAAGUUCAUAAAAUAAUCUACGUUUGUCUAAAAAAAAAAUAAAUGUUUUACGUUACAAUGAAA